AUGAAGACCAACAUUGCCGCCGUCGUGGCCUUGUCCACCGCCCUCAUCUUUGCUGCUACUCCCGCCCAGGCGCAAUCCAUCGCUUCACUCAACUUUGGUAGUGGGAGCGCCUCGAGUCAGCAAGCUGCUCCUUCCAGCUCGGCCGCUGCUUCCGUCGCAACCACAGCUGCUACUUCGCCAUCAUCCGCAGCUGCUGCAUCCUCUAGCGCACUUCCCACGUCUGCAAUCACCACCGCCUCCGGUUCCGAUGCUCCCGCCACCAGCACCAUCGCUUCCGACCCAGUCUCGUCGCCCGCGUACGCAGCUGGCACAGUGACCUACAUCCCUCCACCUCUUCCAUCUUCUGCAUCCGUCAUCAACGUAUCCAUCCUGCCGUCUUCGGUCCCCGGUAUUUCCUCAAGCGCUUCGUCCAACUACACCCUGCCCAACCCUACCGCUACAGGCACCUUCGCCUCGAUCCCAACGCUCCUAUCCAAACCGUACCAGGUUGUCUUCGCCGACAACUCCGGCCUGCCCGUAUACAACUGGAACCUCGCGACAAACUCGUCAUCGGAACAGUCCAAGACCGCACUGUGCACCUCGCAGAUGCAGUUCUGCCAGACAGCCGGCUGCAACCAAACCGAUGCCAAGCUGACCAACUUUUGCGAAACAAAGUACAUGGGUGUCGCCUGCUCGUGCUCCAAGGGUGCCAGCCGACUCGAGCAGUACCAGUGGCCCGUGAUGCUUGCUGAUUGCCAGGGCAGGAACACGGCGUGCCGGGACACGUGCAUCAAGCCGGGCCAGAGCGUCGAGGACCAGAACAAGUGCCUCGGCGUGUGUGCGCAGAACUUUGGUUCGACGUGUGGCAAGCCCGGUCAGUAUGCGGCCAACUAUGCGGUCAGGAAGGAAGGGGACAAGCCGAGUUAUGCCAUUGUGCAGGGCGGAAAUGCUCAGAGUGGUGCGCUCAGUGCGAUUGCGGGUGUUGGCAAGCUGAGUGUCGGCUUGGUUGCCGCGGCAGUUUCGGCUGUUGUGAUGGUGGGCCUGUGA